AUGGUCAAAUCGGCAACUUUAUUAUUUCCCCUGGCCCUUUGCCAGCUUGUUUAUAUCAGUUGUGCUACAGCUGCAUUGAAAGGAUCGGUUUAUCUCGACCCGACACGCUCUCCCGCAGAGCGAGCUGACGACCUCUUGCGUCUCAUGACAUGGGAGGAAAAGAUUGGCCAGCUCGGAGGAAUAAGGCGACUUGCUGAGACCGUGAACGGCAAGGUGUCAUACAACGAAACGCUGUUCGAGGAGAUCCGCAAAACCCAGAAUGGGCAAAUUGGAUUCGGAGCGCCUCAGAAUUACGCGCCUGAUCUGUUGCCCAUCGCCAACAAGGUCAGAGCCGAGCAGAUCAAUAACACUAGACUGGGCAUUCCGUACAUCACAAUCGCAGACUCCGUCAGUGGUCUCAUGAUUUCCGGUGGCACGCUAUUCCCCGGUGCCCUUUCCAUGGGCUCAACCUGGAACAUUCCCCUCUAUGAGCAAGCCGUUGCUACUAUUCGCGAUGAAAACAUAGCAAUGGGUACUCGUUGGGUCUUAUCACCAGAGGUUGACCUCGCUAAAGAUCCCAGAAAUGGCAGAAACGGCGAGAUGUUCGGUGAGGAUAGCUACCUCGUGGGAGAGUUUGCCACGCACUACAUCAACACGAUGCAGGAGAAAGAUGAGAACGGCUUCGUCAAAGUCGCAACGACAAUCAAGCACUGGGUUUACGGCUCCAGCAGCGGAGGUGUCAACACUGCAAGCAUUCAGAGUGGCCUGAACUACAUCCUCAAUGACCUCGGAGCUCCCUACGUCAAGGCCUUCAGAGAGGCGAACCCCCUUUCACUGAUGGUAUCAUAUGCCAGCGUCGAUCAGACCCCCAUGUCCAUGAACAAGUACCUGAACCGGAAGGUUCUUCGAGAAAUGCUCGGAUUCAAAGGUCUCAUUAUGUCUGACGCCGGUUCGAUCCGCAACAUGUACACUCAAUCCAAAGUCGCCAAGUCGUUCGCAGACGCAGGAUUGAAGGCUCUUCGGAGUGGAUUGGAGCACGAGCUAUCACCGAGACCCCCUUCGGUGUUCCCUACGCUCAUCGAGUAUUCGAACAAUACCGAGGUCGUGAACCUUGUGGAUAGUUCUGUCCGAGCGAUUCUCGAGAUCAAAUUCGCCACCGGAACUUUUGAUCUGCCUCUUCCCUCGGUCAAGACUUUGAACGCAACUCUUCGCAGCAAGAGGCAUCUUGAGAUCAACCGAAACAUCUCGCGCGAGGCAAUCGUGCUUCUUCAAAACGAUGGCACUCUGCCGUUGCAACGAAGUCAAGUUUCUCAGAUUGCCCUGCUGGGCCCUUAUGCCGACAUUCUCAAUACCGGCCAAUAUGCCGCCAACAACGCCUCGGAUUCCUCUUAUGGCGACACCUUUCGUCGAAGUCUAGAGCGAAAAAUUGGUGCGGAAAACGUCAAGUAUGUUGCAGGAGUUGAUAUUUUGCGUACGGAUGACAGCUCAGGCAUCGAAGCUGCUGUCAACGCAGCUCAGGAAGCGGGUCUUGCCGUUGUGGUUCUGGGAUCAGGCUGGGGAUCUUUUGACAACUCUUACGAGUCCCUUCACCGAACCGACGGUGAGGGCUUCAGUCAUCCGCACUUGGGCUUUCCCGGAUUGCAACAGCAACUUCUCGAUGCGGUGGUUGAUGCCGGCGUGCCGACUGUGUUGGUACUCAGCGGGGGGCAGACGUUCCUACUGAAUGAGUCGGCCAAGAAAUCCAAGGCAAUCGUUCACACUUGGCUUGCCGGAGAAUUCACCGCUGAAGCCUUGAUCGAAAUCCUAUUCGGAAGUGUCAACCCGAGUGGCAAGCUUUCAAUCACGUUUCCUGAAGCCGACGGCGCGUUCCCCGUGGCCUACGACUACUUUCCGUCGGAUGAUCAGGGCGGAUUCGGGACGGCGACCCAGUAUGAUUGGCACUUGCCAGAGCUCACACGUUAUGCUCCUCUGAGAUUUGGCUUCGGUUUGAGCUACACGACUUUUAACAUUUCUUCCAUCUCUCUCCAAUGCCAUUCACUCGGCAACAGCAGUACUGUCGGUCAGUGUGAUAGGAACAGCCAAGUCACUGUGUCUGCCACAGUCACAAACACGGGGUCGUGUGAUGGCCAGGAGGUAGUCCAGCUUUACUAUCGUCCAGAGUACAGCCAGAUCGAAUUCCCGGUCAUGAAGCUUAUACGCUUCGAAAAGGUUGAAGUUGCAGCAGGCAGUUCCAGAAAUGUCAGCUUGAAUGUACCUUACGCGGAGCUGGGUUACUUCAUUGACGGGGAGUGGCAAGUCGAAACAGGGUUGUACAAUUUCUGGAUCGGGAACAGUUCGAGGACCCAGGAUUUGCAGAGUGUGAAUGCAACUUUGGUGUAG